GGCGGCGGCGGCGCGUCACUUCCUGCCGCCGCGCGCAGGCUGCCCCAGGCCGGGGCUGCGCGGGCCGCUCGGGCCGUUGUGGCGGCGGCGGCGGCGACACGUGGCGCCGCGGGGCGGCCCCGCUCGCCGCUGCCCGGCGGCGCGGGGGCGGCGCGGGGCGGCACCAUGGCCGCGGCCGAGGCGGCGGCGGGCGGCGGCGGCGGCGGGAGCAGCCGCCACGAGAAGAGCCUGGGGCUGCUGACCACCAAGUUCGUGUCGCUGCUGCAGGAGGCCAAGGACGGCGUGCUGGACCUCAAAGCGGCUGCUGAUACUCUUGCUGUGAGACAGAAGAGAAGGAUCUAUGAUAUCACCAACGUUUUAGAAGGAAUUGAUCUGAUUGAGAAAAAGUCAAAAAACAGCAUUCAGUGGAAAGGAGUAGGUGCUGGCUGCAAUACAAAGGAAGUCGUAGACAGACUGAGGUAUCUUGAAGCUGAAAUUGAAGAUCUAGAGCUAAAAGAAAAAGAAUUGGAUCAGCAGAAACUGUGGCUACAGCAAAGUAUUAAGAAUGUUAUGGAUGACUCUACAAAUCACCAAUUUUCAUAUGUCACCCAUGAAGAUAUCUGUAAUUGCUUCAAUGGAGACACACUUCUAGCAAUUCAAGCACCUUGUGGUACACAGUUAGAAGUACCUAUACCCGAAAUGGGACAGAAUGGACAAAAGAAAUACCAGAUCAAUCUUAAAAGUAGUUCAGGACCCAUCCAUGUGCUGCUUAUAAAUAAAGAAUCAAGUUCCUCCAAGCCCAUGGUGUUUCCAGUUCCUCCACCUGAUGACCUUGCACAACCCCCAUCUCAACCUGCAACUCCAGUGACUCCCCCUAAACCUACUACCGCUCCUCAGAAUCCACCAGAACAAGGUGGUCUUAAUCAGGGGCAACAUUUACCACAAACAUCAGUUGCAGACACCCCAUCAGACAGCAGUUUGCAGCAGAACAGUGCCACUUCAGCAACUCCUUAUUCCAGCCUUCCAGACUCUGUGUUAUACCCCAGCCUUUCAGGAGAUGUCGCCCAAGCUACAGCUAGCUCAAAUGACUAUCAGGCUUUGCUCCCUUUGGAUGUUAACUGCAUUCUCAAGCCAAAUUCAUUUGACAUAGCAAAGAUGGAUGAGCCCGCAGGAACUAUCAGUGGGGAUAUUAUUGAUGAACUCAUGUCUUCUGAUGUUUUUCCUCUCUUACGACUCUCUCCUACUCCCGGAGAUGACUACAACUUUAACCUGGAUGAUAAUGAAGGAGUCUGUGAUCUCUUUGAUGUGCAGAUACUAAAUUAUUAGAUAUUGUGUCAACCAGACUAUCUUAUCUACCUCUAACUAUAACAUUCUAGACUUCUUCAUAACCUAAGUAUUUGAAUAAUGAAUGUAUAACUUCUUAGUUCACUGACUCUGGGAGUAUAUUUCCUUUUGCUUCCUUUAACUACUUCACAAAACAAAUGGAACAACCAGAGAAAAAGGCUUUCAUCAAAAAUUCUGGCAUUUUUUUCCACCUGUGUGUCCUCUGUGUAAUCCAAUGAUUUGAAGUUUUAUUUUGUAAGAAAAGUGAAAACACUUUACAGCCUUUUGAUCAUUUAAAAAAAAAAAAUGAUUUGGCUUCCUGCUUACAGUUAUCAGCAUUUUUUGAAGCUUUACUGCCAAGAAGCUUUCUGUACCUUUCAAUCAAUAACCUUUUGAUCAAUUUUGAAGCUUUCACUGCCAAGCUGAAAAGUGAAGGACAUCAACUUGAGUUAUGCUUAAUUGUUUCAGUGAACCAAUUUUGUGAAGUGCCUUCCGUUUUAGCACUUUAAGUUUCUCACACUGACUUCUGACAUUCCACUUUCCUAGAUUAUAGGAAAGGUCUGUUUGUAGUUUGUAUUAAAGUGUGCCAAUACUUGUAUAUUAACAAGAUUUUUUUAAUAAAAUUGUACAAACAAAGCAA